AUGUUCAGUACAAUUGUGCUGGUGUUUGGCUGCCUGCUGCAGAGGAAACUAGUGACCACAGAGGGGCAUCAUGGGACCAAUCGCCAUGUUUUCUAUGCAGUGCAAAUGGAUGGAAACACCAGAGCAGCCAGAGCUCUGGCCAAGCAGCACGGACUGGAGUUCAUACAACGGGUUGGCAGCCUGGAGGGUCUGUACACCCUGAGAGACAGCAGGGGGCGUCCUGACAGAGCCACCUUUGAGGACAGACUUGCAGCCGCAGAAGGGGUUCACUGGGUGCAGAGGCAGCACAGUCAUUACAGAAACAAACGCAUUCCUGUGGCAAGAUGGGAUCACAGUGCCGCUAACAGUUCCCAGAGGACGGAGUCUGAAUCUGACAGGCAGCCUGAGGAGAAUACGAGUGACCAGUCCCUCACCUUCAAUGACCCACUCUGGCCCAUGCAGUGGGAGCUGUUUGCGCAGGGUGAAUACAACUCCAGUGGGGUUGACCUGAACGUGAUGCCGGUCUGGAGGAACAACAUUACCGGUAAUGGAGUAGUGGUCAGCAUCAUUGAUGAUGGUGUCGAUCACACAAACAAGGACCUGAAGAAGAACUUUGAGGCCCUCGCCAGUUUUGACCUGCGUGCGUCACAUGGUCUGUCUCAUGAUCCCAUGCCUGUCAGAAAUCAGGAGAACAGUCACGGCACCCAUUGUGCAGGGGAAGUUGCCAUGGAGGCCAACAACUCCUACUGUGGUGUGGGCAUUGCCUUCAAUGCCAGGAUCGGAGGUAUCCGCUUGUUGGAUGGCUCUGUCACUGAUGCCAUGGAGGCCACAGCUCUGACCUUCAACAUCCACUUCAUCGACAUCUACGUCUGCAGUUGGGGCCCGAGGGACGACGGGGCCGAGAUGGACGGGCCGCACAGCCUGACAGAGCGAGCCCUCCGGCUAGGAACUCACAAGGGCCGGAGUGGGAAGGGCAGCAUCUUUGUGUGGGCGGCAGGUAAUGGUGGAAUGCAGCACGACCACUGCGGCGCAGACGGUUAUGUUAACUCCAUCUACAACAUUGCCAUCGGCGCUGUCACUCAAUCCGGAAAGCCCACCUACUUUGGCGAGCCCUGUCCCGGAGUGAUGGCCGUCACGCUGACAGGGGCCAGCGUAGGAGGCUCACUACCUUUGGUGACUGUGACCAACAUUGGUGACGGGUGUGUCACCUACUUUCCAGGAACAUCCAGUGCUGCUCCGAUCGCUGCAGGGAUUCUGGCUCUCGCCUUAGAAGUAAAUCCUGAGCUGACGUGGAGGGAUGUUCAGCAUCUGAUCGCCAGGACAGCUAAGAUACCCAACCCUGAAGAGCCCGGGUGGAGCCUCAACGCAGCAGGAUACCAUGUUCACCAUAGGUAUUGUGAUACACCCAUGUCAAUACAGAAUGGUUUUGAACACAACCAUAUGGUAUCACCUUUGAGUUUGCAUUUAACCCUUUCAGCAGUUAAGCUUACUACUAAACUGCCUGAUGUAUAA